AUGCUAGCCGGCACUAACCUCGCCACUCUGCCCCCAAAUACAGAGAUCCGGCUUCUUCCCUCACUUCGCCCUUCUUCAGAUCGACGUUCAUCACUCGCGCCGCCGCCGCCCUCAUCUCAUCCUCUGUCGCGCCGGCGCCGCCGCCGUCCCCGGCCGCGGCCUCCUCGUUGCCCCGACGCCGCCCCUACCCUACACCGCCCUGCCCCGACGCGGACCUCGUCGUCUCGCCCGCGCCACCGCCGCCGUCCCUGGCCGCGCGUGCGUCCCCGGCCCGUCCGGACCUCCCCGUCCCCGGCCGCGCGUGCAUCACCGACCGGCCUCGUCUCGUCCUCUGCCGCCCUCGAGGAACAAGGGGCUCAUCUGAUUCUGAUCUGCUUCUUCCCCAAUGGAGGUGUGACGGUAGUGGAAAUGGAUCCUACGGACAACCAAGACGAGUUAAUGCACGAGCUCAUUCGUGGUAGUACUGGGCACAUAGCUCCAGAGUUUGAUGAGGACGAGAAAGAUGGCAGCCAAUUUUUAAACUUGCAUUAUCAUGGCGACGAGGAGCAAGAUAUUAGUGGGGAGGAAGAAGAAAAUGUCGAGGAAGCCGAGAUAUAAA